UCUCAAACAGUCACAGUCAUGCCUUUACACAUUUCUUCAUCGUCUUUCAGAUAUAUAUAUAUAUAUAUAUAUAUCUCAAACCAUCAUCAUCAAUUGUCACAUGAAAGAAAAAACGAUAUGGCAGCAAAAGCAACAAGCAGCUCCACCAUUAUUAUUGUGGCUGCUUUCAUUGCAGCUCUCAUCACAGGCACCAACAUCACCACUGUCGUCUCCGACGACACCGCUCCAGUUCCCGGCGACAAGUCCCAGCUGAACAAAUGGUUCAAGGAGAACGUGAAGCCAUUAUCGACACAGUUACGACGACGAAGGACGAUGAUUCAACCUUCAGUUGCAGAAGCAGAGAAACGUGUGAGGAUGGUGAAGGUGAAGAAAGAUGGAAGUGGGGACUUCAAGACGGUGACGGCGGCCAUUAACAGCAUCCCGGAAGGUAACUGGAGACGAGUGAUUGUGUUUAUCGGAAGCGGGACGUACUUUGAGAAGAUAAAGAUAGAGAAGACGAAGCCUUUUGUGACUCUUUAUGGUGAUCCUCAGAAAUGGCCAAACUUGACUUUCAAUGGAACUGCACAACGAUUUGGAACCGUAGAUAGUGCUUCGUUGAUUGUUGAAUCUGACUACUUCGUUGCUGUCAAUCUCAUUAUUUCGAACUCAGCACCGAUGCCGAACGGGAAGAUUGCGAGGCCGCAGGCGGUGGCGUUGAGGAUUUCCGGCAACUAUGCUGCGUUCUACAGAUGCGCAAUGUUAGGAUAUCAGGACACCAUUUGUGACGACAGAGGCAAGCAUUUGUUCAAAGAUUGCUACAUUCAGGGAACCAUGGAUUUCAUUUUUGGAAGUGGCAAAUCUCUUUAUCUGAACGCAAGACUGAACGUGGUGGGGAGAAACGGAGGGGUGAUAGCAGCGCCAGCAAGGACUAAUCAAUCGGACGACACGUGUGGGUAUUCGUUUGUGCAUUGCGACAUAAGCGGAACAGCCAAUGGCACGUACUUGGGGAGAGCGUGGAUGUCACAUCCCAAGGUGGUCUACGCUUACACUUCCAUGAGCUCAAUUGUGAACCCUCUCGGCUGGGACGAUAGCCCUCAAGGAGCUCCCAACACUGUGUAUUAUGGAGAGUACAAGAACAAAGGAGUAGGUGCGAGGAGGACAGGACGUGCAAAUUUCACAAAGUGGCUUAGACGUUCAGAGGCUUUACCAUUCAUCACUCUCAGCUACAUUGAGGCUUCCAAGUGGUUGCUUCCUCCCCCAACACUUCCUUAG